AUGAGAUCGACUCCUAAUCAAAAUCACCUCCCAUCCACCAUAUGUGUUCUGUAUACAUUAUUGUCAUGUUCAUUGCUUCUUUAUUGCUCUGCCAGAGAUACUAUUUCAGUAAACACUUCGCUUAAAGAUGGAGAAACCCUUGUGUCAGCUGGACAGAGAUUUGAACUGGGAUUCUUUACCCCUCCUAAAAGCUCUGAUAUAAGAUACGUUGGAAUAUGGUACUUCAAGUCAAAGCCACGAAUAGUUGUAUGGGUUGCCAAUCGAGAAAGCCAUCUUCCCGAUUCCAAUGGAUCAUUUGUUAUUGCAAAUGACGGCAACCUCAAGGUAUUGGAUGCAGCUGGAAUUGCUUACUGGAAUACAAAUCUUAAAAGUUCGCUGCCUGGCGUCCGGGAAGCGAAGCUCAUGGAUUCAGGAAAUUUGAUGACUGAAAAUAUAUCGUUGAGGUCAUGGCUCAGUGAAGAUAAUCCAGGAGAAGGCAAUUUCAGUUUUAAGAUGGUUCAAGGAGUAAACCCGUAUCUCAUCUUGAAAGGAAAUAUCACAUACUGGACAAGUGGGAAGUCCGGAGAUUUCUUUAGGUCCUAUGAAAUAGCUUACUUGUUAUCAAACUUCAGUAAGAGUACUCUCAAAUCUACAGAUUCCAAAUCUCUCUUUUACGGGUUAAAAAAUAUUUCAAACAUAGACUAUAGCCACACGAGGCUUGUCAUGCAUUUUACUGGGCAGAUACAGUUUUGGAAAAAAGAUAAGAUGAAGGAUUGGUCUUUGAUGUUGUCGGAACCAAGCGAUCCAUGUAGAGUAUAUAGUUAUUGUGGAAACUUCGGCAGCUGUAAUAGUAACAACAGGGUGAAGUGCAAAUGCUUGCCAGGCUUCAAGGCCAAGUCACCUGAAAAGUGGAAUUCUGGCGAUUUUUCAGGUGGCUGUACAAGAAAAAAUCCAAUUUGUGCUGCAAAUGACAUGGUAUUCGGCUUGAAAAUGAUGAAACUGGAUAACACAGACAUACGAAUUCCAGACGCAAGAACUGAAAGUGAAUGCCAGCGUGCGUGUUAUAACGAGUGCCAGUGCCAGGCAUAUUCAUUUGUUAAAGCCACGCUAAGAGAAGACCCUGUAUGCUGGAUUUGGAAACAGGAUUUGAAUGAUCUUCAGGAAGAGUAUGCCAAUGGGGGUCGAGACAUCUAUGUCCGUGUGGCACCUUCUGAUAUAGAAUCAACAGAAAGAAAUUGUAAGACUUGUGGUACAAACCUAAUUCCAUACCCUCUAAGCACUGAGCCAUCUUGUGGAGAUCCCAAUUACUUCAGCUUUGUCUGUGACACCUCCACCGGGCAAGUUAGCUUCAAAGCACUGAGUGGCACCUACCGAAUUGCUAGAAUAGAUCCAGAUACAAGAAAUUUCAGUAUCCAAAUAAAGCGCGUAGAUGCAAGGAAUUCAGAAGGAAUUUUGAAGCUCAACCUAUCAUUGCCAUUUUAUAUUUUGACCAACGGGUUUGACGCCGGCCAGGAAGAUAGUAGUUAUGGUAAUUCAUCUAACAGUGCAAGUGAAGUAGUGAUUUAUUGGACGCCACCACUGGAGCCAACAUGUAGUACACAAAAAGAUUGUAUAAAUUGGCCUCAUUCAACAUGCAAAUUAGCAGGCAAUCGAGUAAGGAAGUGCCUCUGCAGUGAAACUCAUCGAUGGGAUGGCCUUUUGUUAAAUUGCACUUCAGUGAAUCCAGAUGAAGGUGGUCACACUUUGCAAAAUGGACGCUCUGAUGUAAGAAAGAAGCAAUGGAUCCUGACUGUUGGAGUGAUUGUUGCUAGUGUGAUAGUUCUGUUCAUCAUUGUUUACUUUUUCUGUCAAAGAAAGAAAACCCAAACACAAGAAGACAGAGAAAGCCUUCAACAAAAUCUGGCUGUUCGUUUCAAUGACAGUGCAAGGCACGUGAAGGGCUUGGUAGACACGGACCAAUUCAGAGAAGAAGAUAAGAAAGGCAUAGAUUUGCCUUUUUUUGAUUUUGAAAGCAUACUGGCCGCUACAGAUAAUUUCUCAGAAGCAAACAAGCUCGGAAAAGGGGGGUUUGGGCCUGUUUACAAGGGUAAGUUUCCAGGAGGUCAAGAAAUUGCUGUAAAGAGGCUCUCAAGUGUUUCAGGACAGGGUUUGGAGGAGUUUAAGAAUGAAGUAGUGUUGAUUGCAAGGCUUCAACAUCGUAAUCUCGUUAAGCUUUUGGGUUACUGCGUAGAAGGGGGUGAAAAGAUUUUACUCUAUGAAUAUAUGCCCAACAAAAGCUUAGACUCCUUUAUAUUUGAUCCUACAUGCAGUGUUUUGUUGGACUGGGAGAUGCGCUUCAACAUCAUUUUAGGAAUUGCUCGAGGAAUUCUCUAUCUUCAUCAAGAUUCUAGGCUUAGAAUCAUUCAUAGAGAUCUAAAAACAAGUAACGUAUUAUUAGAUCAAGAAAUGAAUCCUAAAAUAUCUGACUUUGGCUUGGCCAGGAUUUUUGAAGGCAAACAAACAGAGGGGAGUACAAAUCGAGUGGUCGGAACUUAUGGCUAUAUGUCUCCGGAAUAUGCACUAGACGGAUAUUUCUCAAUCAAAUCGGAUGUCUUUAGCUUUGGUGUUGUUGUACUUGAGAUUGUCAGUGGAAAAAAGAACACGGGAUUUUAUAACUCAGAAGAGGCAUUGAGUCUUCUAGGCUAUGCGUGGAGAUUGUGGCGAGAAGACAAGGCACUGGAUAUAAUGGACCAAAAAUUAAGUCCAAGUUUCAACAAAAUUGAAGUUUUAAAGUGCAUAAAUGUUGGACUCUUAUGUGUGCAAGAAGACCCAAAUGAUCGUCCCACCAUGUCCAAUGUUGUUAUCAUGCUUGGCAGUGAAACUGCGACCCUUGCAACUCCUAAACAACCAGCCUUCAUUAUAAGGAGAGGGCCUUCUACUUCAGCCUCUUCCUCCAGUAAACCAAAUAUUAAUUCCGAGUUGACUGUUAGUUUAACAGGUCGAUAG